UGCUACACAAUUUCUACCAAAAAGCUUCACUUUUGUUAAUCAAAUAUUAUUACUGUCCAUUUUCCUCUUUUUUACACUAAAAUUUUCCAAAAUCUUGACUUCCAGUUAAUCUUAAUAUCUUCUGACUCUGAGAGAGAAACUGUUAAAAAAGACUGAGGAACCCCAAAUCACCAGAAACACAAAUUAUUGAAACAUCCCAAUUAUUUCUUGUAAUCUCGUGAUUUUGUGGUCAAUAUUUCCAGAACCCAUCACUCCAUUGUUGUCCAUCUCACUAAAUUCACUAGAUAUAAUGGCACCAUUUGGGUUGAGGUUCUGAUUCUACGCUUCUCCUCUGUUGGUAGUUGUCUACCUUAUACACUUUAAAGAACCGCGGUUGUUGGAACUUGAAAGUAGCUGAUUGAUAGGAAUCUGUCUUCGACUUCAGACAGAAAGGAACCUUUAGUUUGAGGUGCUGUACUACUCUUUUCUCAUCUUUGUUCUUGUUUUCUUGGUAUAUCCGAGUUCUAAGUCCCAUCACGAUAUCGAUGAGCAGGAAGAAUUCUUCAAAAAUCGACGUUUGUAGUUACCACUUCGAAUAGGAGCUUUUCAAUAGCACUAUUCUUCGAACUGGACUAAAUGUACGAGAUGGGUAGCCAGUCAUGGGAGGACGGUCAUGUUCCACCCGAGGUUAAACAAAAUUUGGAAGAGUUGUUCCCUGGCCUUACUAUUGAGGAGGCUCUUCAGCAUCAGGAAAGUCUUUACCAGUCACUGAAGAUAAGCUGUGUCGAUCAAACAACAAGAUCUUCUGACAAUGAACCAAGCAGUAGCCAUGGUCACUCAUGGGGAGAAUCAUCAUCAGGAAGUGGUGAAUAUGAUUUGGCUCUAGAUGAAGCUGUGGCUAGAUCUUUGCAAGAGUUGGACUUGGAAGACGAAGUUGAUCAUGUUGCUAUUUCAGAAUCACUCCCUACUCCUUCCAGGAACACUGAACAUGCUCCUGUUGGCGCAACCGUCUCGGAAGCAUAUCAGGAUGAAGUUGAUCCAGAUCGGAUGACUUAUGAGGAACUGCAGUCCUUAGGGGAUGUAAUUGGCAGUGAGAACCGAGGAUUAUCUAAGAGGGAGAUAUCUAGUUUGCCACGUUACACGUACAGAUCUGGUUUUUUCUCAAAGAAAAUCGAUAUUGGAGACUGCGUGAUAUGUUGUACAGCAUAUAAAAAUAGGGAUUCUCUAAUCACUCUGCCCUGUGUGCAUCGGUAUCAUAAAGAUUGUAUAGAGCCUUGGCUGGUGAGAAAUAAGAGUUGCCCUAUAUGCAAAAAGGAGGUGAAGUUUUCUGUUGAUUGACAUAACCAUGAAUCGCGCACGUUACAACCACCAUUUUGUUGCAAGUUCUAUCAAAAGCACCUAGUCUUGUAAAAUCGGGUUGUUUUCUUUUUGAUUGUUUGUAUAAUUAAGGUAGAAAUUUCUUUUUGUUUUUCAUUUUUGGCAAUUGGAGAUUGUUGUGGUUGUAUUUAUAUAUGUGUAUGAAAAUUUGAGUAAUAUAGUAAGUAUAUUGAAGGGUGUAAAGUCCAA